AUGGAGGAGGCCGAGCCGAACAAGCUGUUCGUUGGGGGUAUUUCAUGGGAAACGACUGACGAUAUUCUGAAAGAGCAUUUCGCUGAAUACGGCGUCGUUUUGGGCUCUGUGAUUGCUGUGGAUCGGCAUACCGGUAAACCUAGGGGAUUUGCGUUUGUUACCUUCUCUGAAUCUUCUGCCGUUGAUCGUGCCCUUCAAAAUCCCCAUAUCAUUCUUAGUAGAACGGUGGAAGUGAAAAGGGCUAUUCCGAGGAACGAGCAGCAAAAUCAACAACGGGGAUUGAUUAUGAACAACACUAGGAGUAACAAUAGUAGCAGCGAAACUUUUAGGACAAAGAAGAUAUUCGUAGGUGGUUUAUCAGCUAAUUUGACCGACGACGAAUUCAGGACUUACUUUGGAAAAUUCGGCAGAAUAACCGAUGUGGUUGUCAUGCACGAUAACAUGACCCAUAGGCCAAGAGGGUUUGGUUUUAUUACAUUCGACUCUGAGGAAUCUGUCGAGGAAGUUAUGCGCAAGAAAUUUCACGAGUUGACCGGGAAACUCGUGGAGGUCAAACGAGCUGUACCAAAAGACAGUGCUAUGGGUAGUGGCAAUAGUAAUAAUGGAAGAGGUCAUAACAUAAACAACUCUUAUAACCAAGGAAGCUAUUUACCAAGUGUAGGGUACUACCCCACCACGUAUGGCAAUGUUGUAAAUUAUUCAUAUGGAGCUGGAAUUUACGGUGGGAGUGGGGGGUAUCCUUUUGGAGGUUACGGCCCAAUUGGUUAUGGGUCUGCGCCGAUUGCUCCGAGGGGGCCUUGGCCCCCUGCAAUGGUUGGUUUUAGGGGGGGUUUCUUCCCUUACAGCGGAGGUGUUGCCCCUAUGUAUCCUACUUUUGUAAAUGGUGCUGCACAUGGACCGAUGGGUUUUGGAGGAAAUGGAUAUAGUGGAAUCUUGAAAUCGGGAGGUGAGUUGACUCAUCCUCAGAAUGGUGGUGGUGCAAAUAUGCAGAUGUGA